AUUGAAUCGGCAUGCUGCUGAUGCCACAUCAUCAAAGAACAUCGACCUAUUUGUGUGUGUGUGUGUGUUGUAUGUUUUUCUCAUUCAAGAAAAAAAAACAGCAUCAGACAUCCAAAGCCAACUCAGCAUUUCAUUUGAAGAUUGAGCAGUUUUUUCUUUUCAACUUUUUUUUUAUUAUUAUUUGUUCAAAUCUUCGAUAUCAUCAUCAUCAUCAAAUUUAAAUUGAUAAUAAUUACUGUGUUUGAUUAGUUUGAACAAAACAAGUGAGCCAUUUGUAUAUUCGACAAAGUUAUCGCAAUAUAUCCAUCAUCGACACACAGACACACACACACAUACACGCAAACGAUUGAUUCGUUCAUUGAAUUUUCUUGUUUGUGUUUUUUUUUCUGUCUACAAUUCUCAAAUUCUCAAAUUCUCAAAUUCUGAAUAAUAGAAAAAAUAGAUUUUAUCGUCAAACAAAAAUGUCUUCACCACAAACACUACAACAUGCUAUUGUUAAAUCCGUUCAAUCUGGUGAUUCAAUCAUUAUUCGUAGCCAACCAAAAGGUGGACCACCACCUGAAAAACAAAUCAAUUUAGCCUAUUUGUUGGCACCAAAAAUUAGCCGUAAAUUGCCUGAUGGUAGCCAUACAGCUGAUGAACCAUUCGCAUGGGAAUCAAGAGAAUUUUUACGAAAAAAACUUGUUGGAAAAGUAAUACAAUUUCGUGUUGAAUAUAAAGUUCCUUUCGGUAAUAAUCAACGUGAAUGUGCAACAAUAUUUCUUGCAUCGGAAAAUAUAAACGAAACAUUAGUUAAUGAAGGAUUAGUGGAUGUGGUAAAACGUGCUCAAAACAAAGAUAAUCCCGAUGUUGUUCGUUUGAUCGAGCUAGAAGAAGCGGUUAAAAGUAGUAAAUCAAAAGGUAAAUGGGCUGGUAAUGCUAUUAAACGUACGAUUUUACAAGACUUUGAAAAUGGCCAAUCGUUUAUUGGGAAAAAUAUGGAUGGUAUUGUUGAACAUGUUCGUGAUGGUUCAACAAUGAAAAUCGGCCUUUUUCUACCAUCAAGUGAUCAAUCAUCGGUUACGUAUCAGAUGGUCAUGGUUGUAUUGAGUGGUGUUCGUUGUCCACAAACAAACGAACCAUUUGGUGAAGAGGCAAGAUUCUUUACCGAAUCACGGUUAUUGCAACGUGAUGUUCUAGUACAUGUUGAACAGAUUAAUCCAGGCGGAAAUACGGUCGUUGCUACCAUUACAUUUAUGGAUCGUGAUAUUGCUGAAUAUCUAUUACGCGAAGGCUACGCAAAAUGUAUUGAUCGAACUUUGGGAUUGACAAAAGAUCCUAAAAAAUUACGUACUAUAGAAAAUGAAGCCAAAAGUCGAAAAUUGAGAAUAUGGAAAGAUUUCAAAGAAACAGCUCGAUCAAGUAGUUCAGUGAAUUUUGAUGCUAAAGUUUUGGAAAUUUCAAGUGCCGAUUCAUUGGUUAUUCAACAUAACGAUACAAAAGAAAUAAAGAAAAUUUUUCUAGCUUCAAUUCGUGCACCAAGAUUGGUGAACGAUGAUGGACAAACAGUGCUAGCAUCAAGUGGUGGUGGUGGUGGCGGUGGUACAGAUACAAAAAAACAGUUUCGUCCACUAUAUGACAUUCCAUUCAUGUUUGAAGCUCGUGAAUUUCUACGUAAAAGACUGAUCGGCAAAACGGUCAAAGUACGUGUGGAUUAUGUGCAGCCAAAAAAUGAAAAUUUUCCGGAAAAAACAUGCUCUACUGUUUUGACUGGUGAUGGCCAAAAUAUUGCCGAACAAUUGGUAUUGAAUGGAUUGGCUACAGUGGUUAAAUAUCGUCAAGAUGAUGAUCAACGUGCUUCGGAUUAUGAUUCAUAUCUAGCGGCCGAACAAAAAGCUCAGAAAAAUAAUAAAGGUCUUCAUUCAAACAAAACAGAUGCCGGUAUGGUACGAAUAGCCGAUCUGUCUGUGGAUUUAUCUAAAGCGAAAUCAAUGGCACCAUUUCUAACCCGUUGGACUGGCCUUCGUCGUGAAGCAGUCAUUGAAUAUGUAUUUCCAUCAUCGACAAAACUCAAGGUUUAUAUACCGAAAGAAAGUUGUCUGAUUAAUCUAGUAUUGUCAGGUGUGAACACUCCACGACCGAAUGAUCCAAUGUUAGCCGAUGCUGUCCGACAUGUUCGUUUACGUGUUCUACAGCGAGAUGUUCAUGUUGAAAUUGAAACCGUAGAUAAAAUCGGCAAUUAUAUUGGUUCUGUUUAUUAUGAUAAGAAUAAUAAUCUGGCAUUGGAUCUUGUCCGAAAUGGUCUUCUAUCCGUGAGAGAAUAUAAUAAAAAUAUGGAAUUGAACAAUGUUGAAACGGAAGCAAAAACAGCUCGACGUGGAAUCUGGAAAGAUUAUAAGGAAGAAGUGGCCGUAGAAAAUGUUGAAGAAAUUGAUUUAGAUGGUGACAAUGAAACGGCGCCAGUAGUGGAUGAUGUUGCACAACGAAAACGUGUUAUAAUCACAAAUCUUGCCAAAGAUUUUACCUCGUUUCAUGCUCAACAGGUUAAAGAUGGACCAGAAAUUGAGGCAAUGCUUCUACGAUUACGGCAAGAAGCAACGGCCAAUCCACCAAUUGCUGGUUCAUAUAGACCGAAAAAAGGUGAUCUUGUUAUGGCCAAAUUUAGUGAAGAUGGAUUAUGGUAUCGUGCACGGGUAGAAAAAACGGUCACUGCAAAUGAAUCACAAGUUAUCUACAUUGAUUAUGGUAAUCGUGAAACAUUGGAUAAUAAAAAUAUAGCAUCACUGCCAUUGGGUAAUUUUACCAGCAUUCCAGCGGCAGCUAAAGAAUAUGCAUUUGCAUUCGUUUUCCCUGAUACGGAUGAAGAAUUUGUAGAUGAAGUUCGAGCAGUGUUCAUGAAUGUUACGGCCAAUAAAGUAGUACUGUUAAAGACUGAAUACAAAGAUGUUGGCAACGGUUUGGAAGCGGCAACAUUGUUGGAUGAAAUCAAUAAAAAAGAUAUUGUCCUUCAAAUGGUCAAAGAUGGUUGGCUUUUUGUCGACACAAAAACCCGUCGUGAUCGUCGAUUGUUGAAAAAAGUUGGUGAAUACAAAGAAGCACAAGAAUAUGCCAAAAAGAAUGGGCUUAAUCUAUGGCAAUAUGGUGAUGUUACACCGGAUGAUGCUAAAGAAUUUGGCUAUCCAAACCAUUGAUGGAAUAAAAAAAAAAAAAAAAUGAAAAACAACAACAACAAUCACUUGAAGAGAUGGUCAGAAUUUCGAUUUUUUUGCAC